UUUAAUUCUUUAAUCACAAAAUAAUUUAACCCCAUAAAUCUGAACAUUGAGAGAAAAAUCUCAACAAGUUCCGAUUUUAUCUGAUUUAAACAACAACGUAGUUUAUUAGAGUGUUUUGUUAUUAAAUCUCUGCUAUUAGUCAGACAAACUAAUAAAAGUGAUUUGUGUUUGAGCGCGAGGAUUUUCUGAGCUGGCUGCAGCGGAUUAACCCGCCAUCAAAUUACUAGGAUGAAAAGCUCCAUUCAGGAUUGCGCUCGUGCUCUCCCGCCGCUCUGGCUCCUCGCACCUGUGCGCCUGCUGCCUCUUCCGCUUCUGUGGUUGGGUGAUGACCGGAGGACGUCAUGCAUCUGUGACGGGAAGAGUUCAUCUUUUAUUACUUCUGAGGGAUCUGUCUGAACGAGCUGCCAUCAUCAGUCGCUUCAGAACGGAGUCAGAGCCGCGGUGAAUUACUGUCAGCAUCCUGUCAUGGGCAACAAUGUGUCGGGAAUAUCGACGCUGCAGAGAGGACAACAGCAGGGCUUUCACAGACUUCGAAACUCCCAGAAAGACUCCUUUGGUGGCCCGUUCCCGUCCACGUCACACCGAUGUCACCACAAACCCAAGAGGUGUCUGCCGAUCCAGUGUGGCAGCAUGGGUGGGCCCCUACCCAUCAGCCCCCUUCUUUUCCACCCAAAUGCCAAGGGGUCCCAAAUCGUUAUGGAUCUCGCUCAGAAGACGGUCAAGAGGCAGGCCAGUUUCUGCAACGCCAUUACCUUCAGCAACAGACCCAUAGCGCUCUAUGAGCAAGUGCGCCUCAAGAUCACUAAAAAACAGUGUUGCUGGAGUGGAGCUCUACGUCUGGGCUUCACCUCCAAAGACCCCUCCAGGAUAAACCCAGACAAUCUGCCCAAGUAUGCCUGCCCUGACUUGGUGUCCCAGAGUGGCUUCUGGGCCAAGGCGUUGCCUGAAGAGUUUGCCAACGAAGGCAAUGUCAUCGCCUUUUGGGUUGACAAGAAAGGCAGAGUCUUCUAUCGCAUUAAUGAGUCCAGCCCCAUGCUGUUCUUCAGCGGAGUCCGCACAGCUGAGCCCCUUUGGGCUCUCAUCGAUGUUUACGGUCUGACUCGAGGAGUGCAGCUGCUAGACAGUGAGAUUGUUCCUCCCGACUGUCUUCGCCCACGCUCCUUCACCACAGUACGCUCCUCUUCUCUACGACGUGAAGCGGACGACUCCCGCCUGUCCGUCAGCCUGUGCGACCUCAACCUGCAGCAGGAGGAUGGAGGCCCCACCCACAGCCACUCCCACCGCCACACCCUCCACCUGGCCUCAGCCUCCUCCUCCUCCACAUGCCCCAUCCCCCAGAACUCCCUGAACUCCCAGCAAUCCUCCCUGCUGCCAUCCUCCAUGGAGAGCGACCUUCACUUCCACCAGCUGCGCGGCGCCCACAUCAAGACUCUGGAUGAGCAGACGGUGGCGCGAUCCGAGCACGCACGAGAAGAGCGCACGCUGGUCUUCACCAAUCGGCCUCUGCGCACUGGCGAAACCGUGUUCAUCAAAGUCACCAAGUCCAGCCCGGCACGCUCGGGCUCCUUGUCCUACGGCGUGACGUCCUGCGACCCAGCGGUUCUGCGCCCCAGCGACCUGCCCUACAAUCCUGAGGCUCUAGUGGACAGGAAGGAGUUUUGGGCUGUGUGCCGGGUGCCAACACCUCUGCAAAGCAGCGACAUCCUCGGGUUCUUAGUCAACCAGGAAGGGGAGGUCAUCCUCAGUCACAACGGCACCAAUGUGGGCAUGCAGGUGUGUGUGGACAACUCUCGUCCUCUAUGGAUGUUCUUUGGCCUGCAUGGAGCUGUGACACAGCUGAGGAUUCUGGGCUCCACCCAUCUCUGUGAUCCACGGCCCACAUCAAACCCUAGCUCCCCUUCUUCUUCCCCACACACCCCCAGUGCCCUGGGAAGCGGCAUCUCUGAUCCGGUCCUGAACGGAGGCUUGUGCACAGCCGCUUACUGCAGCUCAGCAGGAGGAACAACCCCCAGUUCACCGGUCAGCCUUCCCAAGUCACCCACAUUCCCAUCAGGCCGAGGGCCGUGGUCUGACGAGUGCUCCAUCUGUUAUGAAAACACCGUGGACACUGUCAUCUACGCCUGUGGACACAUGUGUCUGUGCUACAGCUGCGGCCUCAAACUCAAGAAAAUGUCCAACGCCUGCUGUCCCAUCUGCAGGAGACAAAUAAAAGACAUUAUCAAGACCUAUCGCAGCACAUAAGGGAACCUGGGCGAACAAAUGCUUGGCCCCCCCAAGAUUUCAGCAAAACCCCAGAGUUUAGGUGAAAAUGUUGAAGUUCAGGGAACAUGAACUCUGGUAGUCUAAAGUGGUAUUUUCAUACAGAUAUUGUUGGCUGGUUCCUUGAUGUGCUGGUACCUUUUCUUUGGGAGGGUUUCUCUCUUUAGAGUCACACCCCCCAUGCAGAGGGGAGUGCUUAAAGUGGCAGGAAGUUCCACCGAGAACUUGCCAGAAGUGUUUGCUCUCUCUUGUGAUUGUUAAACUUGCAAAAAGUUUAAAAUAAAAAUCCUUUCAUUUGUAGAGCUCUGUUGCAGGAUUUAGGGUCCGCCGCCCACUGGUGCUGCAGCAGUUGAGCCUCUUGGGGGCCGAAUGUCUCAAUAUCUUUUAGAGGAAGACUGAAGCUCUGAAAUAUGCCACCAGGAGGAUUUAAAGGCACACUUGCAGCAGGUGAUCAUCUCAGUAUGUCACAACUUGUGUCUGUGUGUUACUGAGAAGUGGAAAAGAGAAGUCUGUGUUGGAUCCAUGGUAAUUAUCGUGAUUAUCAGUGAGUGGUGUGUUUUCAGACUCAAGGCGGUGCUGAGUAUUGUAAGUAGGAUUGUAACCCCUCUUGUACUUAUAUAAUCUAAUGUACCUUUCUGGUAGUUUUACUGAAAAUGUUGGUGGUAGCUGUUUUGUUGUGCUAGCUAGCUGCUUGCUCUGCAGUGUAGUUUGUUGCACUGAAAUCUGCAUUGUCCUCUCAAAAACGCCCCUUCACUGACAAAGAGGAUAAAAACAGUCCCACACCAGCAGUUGUUUCCUGAAAAAUUCCUCUUUUCCUCUAAGUUGUACGUUACAAAUUUUUUCUAUGAAAAACAAAACCUUUCAUGAACUUAAAACAGUUUGGGUGUAAAUUGAGAUCUCUGAAUAUGCUAAUACAGCCUGCCAACGUAGUGGCUAGCAAAGUAGCUAGCUUAGCUCGGCUAAGUCCCACUGACUAGUGGCUACAGCUAAGCUGAACAAACUAGGCAGGGCUAACAUAAGGCUAACUUCUUGUAGCUUGUGUUGGCUUGCAGUUUCAACAAUUUCUCCAAGGAAAAUCUCAGGAUUGGCUCCUCCAGUCGUUUAUGUAAAACAUUGCUAACUUAACCUUUCUGAGACUUCAGGUGAUACUCUGCAAAUUCAGAGCAAAAGAUCCCCCCAAAAAAUCUUAUGAACAAAUUGACAAGGUGAUAUAUUUGAUAUUUAGCAGAGGGGAACUUUAUAACAACCUGCAAGGCUCUGCAGCUUUGCAAUUUUUAAAAGAAAGAAUAAGUGUAUUAGAAAAAAAAAACAUAAUUUGAAUACUCCUCAGGGCCAGCAUCCAUUUUUUAGAACUAUUUUUCCAAACUCUACCUAUAUAAUUACACCUGAUACACUGUGAGUGCCCAUGUCAAAUCGACAAAUCCUCAAAAAAAGCUCCCAUUACCACAUUAAAGGAUUGUUGCCAUGGCAUCAGCCUCCUGCCUUAACACACAGAGGGUUCAUUCGUCACAUGCGGAUGCAUCCUGUUCUGUGUUUUCCAAAACCCCUGAUCAAUUACCAAAUAAUAUGCUGCAUGGCAUCAACUGUCACAGCAGUUCAACUCAGAGGAGAGCAAGCACACAAAAUCAAAGUUAUUUUUGUAGUAAAACACAUUUCCAGUAUUUAACUAAAUUUUUUAAAAUGUAUAUGAUUUGUGACUUAAGGUAUAAAGGACUUUCACCAGCAGCAGUGAUCCUUUAUGUGCAGUUCAGGGGUUUAAAAUAAAAAGACUAUUGUAUGAUUUCCACCCUGAUUCCAGUGUAAAUUAUCUUCAUCUCCCUCUAUAAAACAAGUCAAAGAUAAGCCAUAGCUUAUUACAGGACAUCCAGAAGCUGAUAUUUUUGUAGAUAAUCAGUGAAAGGGGCUGAAACCUUCGCUGACGGUGAUGUUUCACACAUCCCUCCUCCCACGUUACAGUCCGCUACUGCUUGAAGUGUUUAUUCAGAUUUGAAUGUUAACUUAUGUAAUUAGAGAGAAAUGAUUUUAAUAGCUUGAACUAAAAAAAUGGAAAAAAUGUUUUAUGUGCUUUCUGUAUUUUUUUUUGUUUGUUUUUUUUUUUGUUUGUUUUUUUUAAGUUUGUCUGGACUGACUAUGCUUCUAUACUUUUUUCCUCUUUAUUAAAAACCCUGAGACCCAGAGUGUGUUAGCUGGUCCUGCCUUGCAGCAGAGACACAGUACUGCAGUACAAUCAAAACUCAGCUUUGCUUUGGGGUGUAAGAUGUAAACUCUUGGUUUUAUUAUAACCCCUAAAUGUCAGGUGUUCUUUAUUUUUUUAUUUAUCCUGUGUGUUCUCCUGUGUUACUUCCCACUUCUGUAUUUAUAGCUCUGGUUAUAUAGUCAGGCCAUGGUGAUAAAUGUCACUUUAAGAAGCUACUGAUUGUAAUCUUGUAAAUGUUAGGUCAGCGUUACCCUCUGAGACUUGGGCGUGUUUUUAUUUUGUGCAGACACUCUGACCAAAUCCAAAAUAUAUAGUUUUUUUGUUUUUUUAAAUGUAAAUGAAAUUGUCCUAUGUUCAUUCAUUUUUGAACCACAUGGAUUUAAAACCCAAACAGUCCAUCUGGCAGCCGUUCACCUGUAAAUGAUUUUAUACUCACCUUUUAAUGAGCUGGCAUGAUGCUGCUUUUAUUAUCUCUCAUCCACAGCACUCCACAGGCUCCCUGAAUGUUCCUGAACCUGUAAUGUAUUAUUUAUUUUGUCCAUCACUGACGUGUGGACUGUUUCUGUUCUGGUGUGUUUUGCUUUUUUCUGCAUCACCUCCACAUUGAUGGAGCUCCUUUUGUGUCCGCUCGGUCACACGGCUGCACAUUUAAACUUUUUUUCUUUAAAUCUGUUUGUCAUGCAUGAGUUUCUUGUUCACCGAGCGUGAACAUCGGGACCAACCGUAGAUGAGCAUCAGAGUGGAACACUGUUAGAGUGGAACCAGCAGCUGGGAAAAAUGUGUGCUCACCCUCAGUUUCGCUGUUGUUGUGAUACUGAAGCUGAGGUGCUUCACAACUCUGUUUUCUUCUUCUUCUUCUUCUUCUUCUUCUUCUUCUUCUUCUUCUUCUUCUUCUUCUUCUUCUUCUUUUCUCCAUUGGAGGCAGCAGGCAUUUGUUUGUGAGCGCUGCCCAGUGUGAGCUGGGUGGUUGUGGUUAAUAAACUUUCCAGAUGUG